AUGACAGUCUAUAACAAAACAGCCGACACUAGGCCGACAGCAGGCUUGUUGGACGAAUGGAUGGUCGAAUGGCAUGACCAUCAAGAUGACUCCUCGGUUCAUAGGAACAUCGAUCAGCAUCAGGUAAUACGCACACUCAUGCCCGAGCUUCAUCCGAGCAAGGCGCUCGCUAGAGGCACCCAGGAAGUGCAACCACUAGGCUUCUUUACAGUACGAUAA